AUGGAACCAAAGUCUCUGUCUUAUGUGGGUUAUGAUAUCCAUCCUUGCUAUGACAUGAAUAAUGUCUCUGGAACACUGACAAGGACAUCUUCUACAAUUUGUACUUUAUUAUACAUUUUUCUGGGUUCAAUGUCUGUUGUUACCGUAUGUGGAAACCUUCUGGUGAUAAUCUCCAUCAUCUACUUCAAGCAGCUCCACACACCUUCAAACUACCUCAUCCUCUCCCUGGCUAUGACCGACCUGCUCGUCGGACUUGUAGUGUUCCCUCUCAGCAUGUCCUACUCUGUGAGCUUCUGUCUGUAUCAACGGGAUCUGUUGUGCAAAGUGCGCGACGCCUUUGACGUCGUACUGAGCACAACAUCCAUUUUUAAUUUGUGUUGUAUUUCUGUUGACAGAUAUUAUGCAGUGUGUCAGCCUCUGACAUACAGAUCUAAGAUAAAUCUGCCAGUAGUUUCUGCCAUGAUCCUGAUGAGCUGGGGUGUUUCUUUCCUUGUUGCCAUCGGCUUUAUCAUCGCAGAGUUGAUCCAGGAAGAGUGUAAAGAAAAUUGUUUCUCUGAUGUUAUACUUGAAAAGGUCAUGGCUCCAGUUUUCUCAUUUUACCUCCCAGUGGUCAUAAUGCUGUACAUCUACCUGAGGGUUUUUCUUGUUGCUCAGAGACAGGCUCGCAGCAUCCAGAGCACCACAAAGCCCGGAGCAACUGUCAGUAAGAUGGAGAGGAAGGCUACCAAAACCCUGGCCAUUGUCAUGGGAGUUUUCCUGGUGUGCUGGCUGCCUUUCUUUCUUUGUUUUUCCUUGCAGCUCUUAGGUGGUGUGGCAGUACCAGUGUAUGAAACCCUCAACUGGUUCACACUUUCCAACUCAAUGCUUAAUCCAUUCAUCUAUGCUUUCUUUUACAGCUGGUUUAGGUCAGCGUUCAGAAUGAUCAUCUCCGGUAAAAUAUUUCAAGGGAACUUUUCCAACUACAGACUCCAGUGA